AUGGGAAGUGGCAUCCCUAGCCUCAAGUGGUUUGGUGUUCAGGGACACUACAAUGCGAUGGUUAUUGAUCUGCUUGGACAGAGUUUGGAGGAUUUGUUCAGUUAUUGUAAUAGGAAACUCACUUUGAAGGCAGUUCUGAUGCUAAAUGAUGUUCGUUCACCAUUGUCGAUUAGCAGAGUUGAGUAUAUGCAUUUAAGGGGGUUUCUUCACCAGGACAUAACACCAGACAAUUUCUUGAUGGGACUUUUCUCUCAUGUGUAUGUCUGUAUGCUUCUUCUUCUAUUUUGUCUUACAAUCACUCCUACUGUUUUCAUUAACAGAAAAAACAAGAACCUUACGGGCACAGCUCGGUAUGCUAGCGUCAACACUCACUUUGGAGUUGAGCGAAAUCGGAGGUUUGAUCUAGAGUCUCUUGGUUACGUGCUCAUGUAUUUCCUUAGAGGAAGGUUGAGCACACAGAUCCUCUUUCUUCAAGGGUCUACGAGGCGAUACAAACAUUUUCAAUUACAUAUAAUGUUGCUGAGCUUCCCUUCUUCGCCAUCAAAGGUGCAUCUAGGAAUAUGUGGGGUCAAUGAAGUGUACGGUCUUGGACCAUUGAGUGAAUACGAGAGGAUGGGAAUGGAGAAGGCAAAGAAAGAGCUUGAAGGGAGUAUUGACAAAAGGUGUUACCUUUGUGAAGAAGUAAACACAGUUGAUAAACACUUAGUUUUAUCUUUCGAACAGUGA